CGCCCGGCUCCCACGACUGGCCGGCGCGCAGCGGGCACGCGAGCCCUGUGGUGGCAGACGGGACGGCGCGGAGCUGCCUGUGCUCCCCGCCUGGGCCUCCCCGUGCCGGGGUGGCGUUGCAGCGGCGGAUUUGGACAAAGCAGAAAGCACUUCUGCACGAGUGGGCAGAGGUGGCUUCAACCCCGUGGAGCCCCGGCUGCGGGCUUUUGCCCGUCUGGUGCUCAGGGAGCCCACCAGCAUGGCCUGUGGCACUUGGCAGCCACCAUCAUCUCACUAGCGCCCCCACACUGGCGGCAGCGGUAGGAUGCAGCUCUCGGCCGUGUUCAACGCCCUGCUGGUGUCGGUGCUGGCGGCCGUGCUGUGGAAGCACGUGCGCCUGCGCGAGCAUGCGGCCAGUCUGGAGGAGGAGCUGGCCGUCGGCCGACAGGCGCCCGAGGCGGCCCCAACGCUGAGAAUCGACUACCCGAAGGCGCUGCAGAGCCUGAUGGAGGGCGGCACGCACAUGGUGUGCACGGGGCGCACGCACACCGACCGCAUCUGCCGCUUCAAGUGGCUCUGCUACUCCAACGAGGCGGAGGAGUUCAUCUUCUUCCACGGCAACGCAUCUGUCAUGCUGCCCAACCUGGGCUCCCGGCGCUUCCAGCCGGCCCUGCUCGACCUGUCCACCGUGGACGACCACAACACCCAGUACUUCAACUUCGCAGAGCUGCCGGCCGCCGCCCUGCGCUUCCUGCCCAAGCCGGUGUUCGUGCCCGACGCGGCGCUCAUCGCCAACCGCUUCAACCCCGACAACCUCAUGCACGUCUUCCAUGAUGACCUGCUGCCCCUCUUCUACACCCUGCGCCAGUUCCCCGGCCUGGCCCGAGAGGCCCGGCUCUUCUUCAUGGAGGGCUGGGGCGAGGGCGCGCACUUCGACCUCUACAAGCUUCUCAGUCCCAAGCAGCCUCUCCUGCGGGCUCAGCUGAAGACCCUGGGCCGGCUGCUGUGCUUCUCCGAUGCCUUCGUGGGCUUGUCCAAGAUCACCACCUGGUACCAGUACGGCUUCGUCCAGCCCCAGGGCCCAAAGGCCAACAUCCUCGUCUCUGGCAAUGAGAUCCGGCAGUUCGCGGGGUUCAUGAUGGAAAAGCUGAAUGUGAGCCUGGCGGGGGGCCCACUAGGUGAGGAGUACAUUCUGGUGUUCAGCCGCACGGAGAACAGACUCAUCCUGAAUGAGGCGGAGCUGCUGCUGGCGCUGGCCCAGGAGUUCCAGAUGAAGACAGUGACGGUGUCCCUAGAAGACCACAUGUUUGCUGAUGUCGUGGGGCUGGUCAGCAACGCCUCCAUGCUGGUCAGCAUGCACGGGGCCCAGCUGGUCACCGCCCUUUUCCUGCCGCGUGGGGCCACCGUGGUGGAGCUCUUCCCGUAUGCCGUCAAUCCUGACCACUACACCCCUUAUAAGACACUGGCCACGCUGCCCGGCAUGGACCUGCACUAUGUCGCCUGGCGGAACAUGGUGCCAGAGAACACAGUCACGCACCCUGAGCGGCCCUGGGAUGAGGGGGGCAUCGCCCACCUAGACCAGGCGGAGCAGGCCCGAAUCCUGCAGAGCCAGGAGGUCCCGCGACAUCUCUGCUGCCGCAACCCCGAGUGGCUGUUCCGGAUCUACCAGGACACCAAGGUGGACAUCCCAUCCCUCAUCCAGACCAUACGGCGGGUGGUGAAGGGCCGCCCAGGGCCGCGAAAGCAGAAGCGGACCGUCGGCCUGUACCCGGGCAAGGUGCGGGAGGCGCGGUGCCAGGCGUCGGUGCAGGGCGCCUCCGAGGCCCGCCUCACCGUCUCCUGGCAGAUCCCCUGGAACCUCAAGUACCUGAAGGUGCGGGAGGUGAAGUACGAGGUGUGGCUGCAGGAGCAGGGGGAGAACACCUACGUGCCUUACAUCCUGGCCCUGCAGAACCACACCUUCACCGAGAACAUCAAGCCCUUCACCACCUACCUGGUGUGGGUCCGAUGCAUCUUCAACAAGCUCCUCCUGGGACCCUUUGCAGAUGUGCUGGUGUGCAACACGUAGCGAGCGUGCAAGGCCAGGCCUCGGGAGGGCGGCUCCCCCGACCCAGGGUCCCUGGGCCCACUGCCUGCCCCCUGCCGGGUGGCUUCUGGGAGA